UGUUUGCUUUGCGGUGUCUUGAUGUCGAUAAGAUUAGAAUGACACGUGAUUUCUUGUGUUUGUCUGUUUCUGCGAGAGACGAGUCGAAAAAAUGCGACUGGGAUGUGUGCUGUGGCUGUCCGUGCUCGUGAGCGACGUUUCGUCCGCAGUGUCGCCGCCCCCAUCCUCAAAAAUCAUCGGCGGUGAAUUCGUGGAGCACCAGAGCGACUUCGCGUUCAUGGUGUCCGUGAGGGUGAAUAGGAGGCACAUCUGCGGGGGUUCGAUUGUAGAUUACAGGCAUGUCCUAACGGCCGCACAUUGCUGCUUUGAUGCUGCAAACAAACCAUAUCCACCCCAAAUCAUGUCAAUUGCAGCCGGAAGUUUGAAUAUCGGAAGAUCGAACAAUAAUUCGGUGGUGAAAGGCGUGCUGGCAAUAAUUCCGCACAAGAAAUACGACUGGGAGCGCAUAACGAACGACGUCGCCGUAAUAAAGAUCCUGGGCCAGUUCGAGCUGUGGAACCGGAACAUCAGCGCAAUUUCUUUGUCGAAUUUCAUACGGUCCGGAAGCUGGUGUACGAUCUGCGGCUGGGGGAUUACGCGGUUUAAUACGUCGCAAGUCAGUUACCGGCUUCGUUACGUGGAUGUUCCUGUAGUUAGUCAAAGCACCUGCGAAUUUUAUUACCCAGGUCGAAUAACCAAUAAAAUGAUAUGCGCCGGAGGCAACGGGAGCGAUUCAUGUCAGGGGGACUCAGGGGGACCAUUAAUCUGCGGAGGUGUCCUUGCAGGAAUCGUUUCUUGGGGAAGUGACUGCGGCGUUUAUCCCGGAGUGUACACAGCUGUGGCACCGUAUAAAUCAUGGAUACGAAAAUAUAUUGAUAAUUCUUCAUCUUCUUGGAUUACUCCAUCUGAGCGUCAAGCCUGCCUCGUAAUCCUUCAGGUCCUGUUUGCGUAUUAUAUUGUCUAAUAAAGGAAAAAUAUUUUUA